AUGUGUGAAGAACAAGCGUUUCCCUUUGAAGACCUACCCAAGGACAUCCGUCGAAUGAUCUAUGACUGUCUUCCGGAACGCAAGCACCGAUCACUGCUUGGCCCAAAGUCUGGCUUGUAUUAUGAGGUCCAGAGCGCGCCCGUUGCUCUUCUCUGCGUCAACAAAAACUUCAACCAAGAAGUCAGUGCCUGCUUGCACGGACAUGAUUACGCGCAUCCGAUCGUGAUAUUUUGCCAUGCUGACGGAUACCACAUCGAUGGUCUGAAGUACGUGAACCUGUUAGUCAGUCUUGUUGAGUUGGGUCGCAAAUACGACAAGCAUCACUUUCGAACAAACGUCAACAGCACUGGUCCAUCGCAUGCCAACAUGUUCGAUCGUUGGACGCUUAAGAUACCAAUGAUGAAUCUCGACAGAGAUCUACGUCGCUUGCGUUCCUUUCACGGCCUAAAUAUACGGGAAUUCCACAGUCAAGCUCUUGAGAGCUUUUACAAGAGUUCCCUGAUCAAAUAUCGUCGCCACAGUACAUGCGAGUUCAUUGUUCGCUGGCUUCCGAAGUAUCGUACCAUGAUCGGUGUUAGUGCUUGCAAAAGAAAGCGUCUCCAAGAAUAUUUGGAAUCAAUGGUGGCGUGGAAUUCAGACUUUCACCAUCUGCGCUUUCUGAUUUUGCACCCUCGAUCGUCGUCAUUGCAGAUAGUACUCCCAGAGAAGUGGGUAUGGGAUGUCGAACGCCCCACAGAUGAAGAGAAGGCUCUACUGUGUCCAUAA